AUGCCUAGGAAGGAGCUGGGGAUGGCUGGCUGCAACUCUGGCAGCUGUGACAGCAUGGCCAGCACAGCCUCCAACCAUUCACAGCGGAGUGACAACAGCUAUGACUAUUUAUCUGUGGAGGAGAAGGAGUGUUUGAUGUUCCUGGAGGAAACCAUUGGUUCCCUGGAUGCAGAGGGGGACAGUGGGGUCUCCACAGAUGACACCGACUCUGGGGAGCCCCCGAAUCCCAGGAAGGGCCCCAUGCCCCGGGAUGUGGGGAACAGGACUCCCCCUCCUCAGCAGCGUGGGGCUGAACGGAGCAGGGGUCAGAGCCCCUCUGCCUCCCGCAGCUCAGCUCCAAGCCCGGCUUGUCCCAGCCUGCCGAGGAGCAGCCCUGCAGCCAACGGAGCUUCUGGCAGCACAGCAAGUGUCCACGCAGUGCCAGCAGCAAAACCCGCGCACGAGGUGCCCAAGGAGGGCAGGCUGGACCGGGGCAGCGCAGGAAGCCACACGAAGCCGGUGACGAUCCAACCUCCGGACCCCUUCCAGGAUGACCUGGAGUGGUCACGCGGCCAUCGCUCAGAUGCCAAGGAGACCAAGAUUCGGACUUUGUGGGGCCACGCUGAGAAAUCCAUCCUGGAAGAGGCUCCUCAGGACCCCGAUGCUAAACGUGGGCCUCCGACUGCCCCCAAACCACGGAAAUUGCCACCAAACAUCAUCCUGAAAACCAGCAGGAACAGCGCCGUGCCGCUGGCCACCGAGCACAGCCAGAAGGUGAAAGCAGCACCUCCACCCCCAGGCACCCCUCAGCCCAGCCCUGGCAGCGACAGCCAAGGACCCAGGGAGAAGGAGAAAGCCCGAAGGGAGGCCCUGGAGAAGCUGGGACUGCCCCAGGACGGGAGGGAGCCCGGCACCCACCUCCAUCCCCACCCCAGGGAGAUCCCUGGGCAGCCUGGCGGGAUCUCCAUGCCAGGGAUCCGGCACAUGGCCUUCAAAUCCAACACCCUGGAGCGCUCUGGGGUGGGGCUGGGCAGCUCCAUGGGCAGCACCAAGGAGCAGAACUCCAGGAGCAGCAGCAGCUCCCUGGGCAAGAUGUCCUUCAUGGAGCGCCUGGCCCCCGGAUUCCUGCGCGGCAGCCGCCCCCGGCCCGCGGCCCUCGGGGCUGGGAAGGACUUUGCUGGCCUGAAGGAGCAGGAGGAGCAGGACAAAAGCACCAAGAGGAGAUCCCACCCUCUGCCCAGCUUCCCCAGGCUGCCCCGCUCUGCUGUGAGCGUGAAGAUCUCCCCAAAGGGCGCGGCCGACGAGAACAGGCGCGAGGCGCUCAAGAAGUUGGGGCUGCUGAAGGAAUAGCUGGUGGAAAAUGGGGAUUUUUCACCCCAAAUCUAGCAACCUGCGCCGCCUGGCCUCGGGCAGGAGCAUCUGCUGCCAUCUCCUGCCCCAGUGCCUCGGGAGAGGUGUUGGGAGCUUCACACCAAAUAAAGGAACGCGGCGUGUGCGGAGUAUGUUGUAUAUAGCGGAUGUAUAUGAGCUAUUUAUACAAAGAUCCCUCAGCACGGAUGGGGUGUGUUCUCCUGCAAGGGCUUUAAUGCAUCUGGGGAUUCAUCAAAACAGGGAAGCCGUGGAAUUAAGGGUUUGGCUCAUUUUUGGAGGGGUUUCCUGUGGAUAAAAUGUCUCUGGGAAGAACUGCUGGACUUUGCUGCUCCUUUAGGACUAUUUUGGGGUUUUUUUUUUAUUAAUUUUAUCACAGCCUCUGAGAUCUGAACACUCACCUGCCACAUGAAAAUGCCUCCCAAAAGCACCACUGCCUGCUGGGGGGGGUCUGGAGGGCUGCACAGACCUACACUGCCUCCCCUGCCACACUCUGCUCUCCCACCCAGCCCUGAGCACCUGGA